AUGCCGAUUUCCAAAUCAAAGGAUAAACGUAAAACGCGUGAGAUAACUUUGGUGGCUGGUGAUGCCUUAGAAAUAAAUAAUAAUGGAACAAUAAAUGCCAAACUCUUUCAGAACAUGAUGACUCUUAUUAGUCCUAUUCCAAACAAGGAUGAACUGGAUAGAAGGUUCAGCCAAAUUAUGAUAUCAGCUGAUUUAAAUGAUGAGAAGAGACACAUACUUGAUGAUUACAGUGAUGAGAAAAAGUGGCAGCUUGUUUGUGGAACUGAUUUCCUAAAAGCCAAAAAUCCUCCACAGUUUUAUAUCAACUCAUUGAAAAAUUAUAUGACAGAGACAUCUAAUACUAAGAAUAAGACAGUUAAAGCUCAACAAUCCUGCAGGCAAACGUUGAAUGAUUUAGAAAUAUCUCUCAGGACCAACUCUAUUGAAUGGGUGGAAGAGUUUUUGAAUGGAAUCAACAACGGACUGAACAUUUUGAUUGAUUACCUGAACUGGGUGUUGGGUGUCAUGUUGGCUGACCCUGAUACUCAGCCUCUCUAUAAUUCUGCCCUGUCAACCAACAACAACUUGGGAAGCAACAGCAAUGAUGACGUCAGUUCCAACAGCAGUGGCAGUAUUGCUACAAUGCAGAUGAACAGACAAUCCAUAUUUGCCAAACAAACAACUUAUGACAAAAACAAAUCCCUAACAAAAGUCGUAAGCAGUGAUAUACACUUAUGCAUCAAAUGUUUGAAAGCUAUCAUGAAUCAUAAGGAUGGUUUCCGUUUGUUGUUUAAUCAUGAAAAAGCCAUAAACUCUCUCGUGCUCUCACUCAUCUAUGACAACUCCAGGACUAGAACCCUCGUGUUAAAUCUAAUUGCUGCAUUGUGCCUGGUUAAAGGAGGUCUUGACAAAGUUUUGAGUUCUUUCGAAAACUUCAAAUUGGUCUGCCAUGAAAAAUAUAGAUUUCAAUACCUCAUGCACUAUUUCAGCAAUCAGAAUGACUUUGACAUCGAUUUUGUUGUGGCGUGCGUAAGAUGUAUCAACUUGCUCGUUCAUUCAACGCAAGACAUCAACUUCAGAGUCUACCUGCAGUAUGAACUGCAUUCCAUCGAGUUUGAUAACCACCUCUUGAAGUUGAAAGCCAUGGAGAAUGAAAAGUUGACAUCGGAAGUGGAGGCCUACUUGUCAAAUAACUUGGAUGUUGGGAGCAUGCUGCAUGACGUCACGCAACUUUCCUCGAGUGAUUUUCAUGAAAAACAAAUUGCGGAGCUUUCAAAAAAACUGGAAGAUGUUGAAAAUUCAUCUUUGGAGAAAAUAGUUCUGCUGGAAGAUCAAUUGUCGAAGUUGACGAAAGUUAAAGAAUCGCUUGAGACUCAGCUGUCCUCACUUCAGAAUCAGAAAGUGUCUUUAAAUAAUCCAUCACCCCCUUCUCUAUCCACCACCACAAAUUCCUGUCCACCAGCUUCGUCAACUUCAUCAACUAUAUCUUCAUUGACCUCAACUUCACCAACUACAGCUUCAUCAACUACAACCACAAACAUUCCUCCACCGCCAUUGGCCCAGUCUAUGCAGCCUUCAUCCUGUGAACCGGAAGCAUCAACCAUACCACCACCACCAUCUUUCACCCCACCUCCUCCACCUCCCCCGCCUCCUCCUCCACCCCCUCCUCCAAUCGCCGGCAUGUCGAACAUCUACACCCCCAACAAAUCAUCGACAAACUCCACUAUUGCCAACGGUAGCAACGCUCCAGCAUUUCAAACCGUGAAACAAAUGAACACGAAAUCUCGAAGUCGUCUGCCCGCCAUCAACUGGUCAACAUUGAACGAGUCUCAGGUGAAGGACACCAUAUUUGUGGACAUAAAGGAGGAGAGCAUCUACAAGUUAAUAGAUUUAGAAGAUUUUGAGAAGCACUUCAAACUGCUGAGCAGGCCAUCUGUCCCCAAUGGCAGCACCCCAUCACUUGAAAUAAACAAAACCAUUAGGAACAGACGAAUGAGUAACAAGUUUGAGUGUGGUAAUGUUAACAGUAACAACCUUGUUACACUUUUGGAGCCAAACCGACAAAGAAACUUGAUUGUGUUUAUUGCAGCUAUUGCAAGAAGGAAGAUAAAUAUGGCAGUGAAAGACAUCAUUGAUGCUGUGAACAAUUUUGAUGUGAAGAAGUUAACGUAUGACCAUCUGGAUCUCCUUUUUCGUUCAGUGCCAACACCUCAAGAAAUUCAAAUUUAUAAAACUCACUUAGCAUCUGGUCAAACAAUCCAAUCACUGUCCGAAGAUGAUCAGUACAUGAUGUCUAUGACAACUAUUGAAAGACUGCAGCAGAAGUUGAACAUCCUCUUGUUCCUCAACACCUUUCCGGAUUCCUAUCAAUUAUUGCUGCCUAAAAUACAAGCCAUUGGAACAGCUUCGUCUUCAGUCCGCUCUUCAAAAAAGUUCAAAAAACUCAUUCAAAUAAUUCUGGCGAUAGGAAAUUAUAUGAACAGCCACAACAAGGGUGGGGCUUUCGGCAUCAAGCUUCAAAGUCUCGAUUUGUUAUACGAAACGAAGUCUAACAACAAGAAGCUGACUUUGUUACACUACAUAGUUCAGUUGUGCCAAAAAAAGUUUCAAGACCUUCUCACAUUCUACAAGGAAUUUGAUUUCAUUGAAAAAGCGGCGACUUCUUCCACGGAGAACAUUGCCAACGACCUGAUAGAAAUUGAGAGGGGCAUAAAAUCUUUAGAAAGUGAAAUUCAAUGCCGAACUGAUACAAAAAUUAAAUCCAUGCUGGAACAUUCCCUCAAAGAUUCAAAAAUCAAAUACGCCAAACUGAAUCAGGAUUACGAAAAAUCGAUUACCACGGUCUAUGUAGUGUAG